GGGUGGGUCACCGGUCGGUCGGGUUGAACCCGCCCAACUUUCAUCCCUACUUCACACGAACAAAAGAAGACACCUCUGGCUCUCCAUUUCUGCAACUACAAUCGCAAGAUGGUUUUAUCCAACAAGAAGCUCAAGCAAAAGCUCAGAGCCGCUGUGGUCGAGUCUCUUACAGCAUCAGAAGCACCCAAAGAUGCACAUCUGCAGCCUCAGACCCUCAAACAGCUCCUGGACUCUGCAACCCAAAAGCCCAGAUUCUCAAAGAGAGAGAUUAGAAGGAAGAAGCAUCCGUCUUUGGGGGAUUCGAAGCCUGUUGAAGGAAGUAAGGAUGCCCAGAAAGAGAAUAAGGAGGUUGGUUUGAAUGAGAAGAAGGAGAAGAAGAAGAAGAGGAAGAGGAUGGAGGGUGGAGAUGAAUCAACCGUGGAGAGAGGGGAUGGAGGUGACAGGCUAGCGGUAGAGAAGAAACCGGAGAAGGAGAAAAAGGGGAAAAAGAAAGAGAAGAAGAAAAAGAAGAAUAAGAAUAAGAAGGCGAUUGACAAUGGCGGUGGAGAAAGUAAGGAAGGGGCGACGGAUUCGUCGAUUAUCGAUGCAAGGUAUAUAGAUUCAAAGUUUAUUGGUUGUCAUACUCAUUGUCAAGAAAAUGGGAAUGUUGCUACGAAGGUCUAUGUAGGUGGGAUUCCCUAUUACUCGACUGAGGACGAUAUACGAAGCUUCUUCGAGAGUUGUGGCAGCAUAACCGAAGUCGAUUGCAUGACGUUUCCAGAGAGUGGGAAGUUCAGGGGAAUUGCUAUGAUUAAUUUCAAGACUGAAGCUGCAGCUAAAAGAGCUUUAGCUCUUGACGGUGCUGACAUGGGUGGGUUGUUUCUAAAGAUACAACCAUACAAGGCCACCCGGUCCCACAAGCCAUCAUCAGAUUUCUCGCCUGAGAUCGUGGAUGGAUACAACAGAAUCUACGUGGGGAAUUUAUCCUGGGAUAUAACUGAGGAUGAUUUGGGACAGCUUUUCUCCGAUUGCAACAUAUCAUCCAUCCGUUUCGGCGAAGACAAAACAACUGGCGAGUUCCGGGGCUACGCCCACGUGGAUUUCUCUGACAGUCCCUCUCUGACCAUAGCCUUAACAUUAGACCAGAAGUUGGUAUGUGGACGGCCAGUGAGGAUUAGGUGUGCUGUCCCCAAGAAGGAAACUGGGACCCGGUUAAGGUCAGAGUCAUUUGGUGAGAAUAAGAAGGCGGAGGAUGGGGUGAGCACUGGCAGUGCCAAGAAAAAGAGGCGGACAUGCUACGAGUGUGGUGUUGCGGGCCAUUUGUCGUCGUCGUGUCCUCAAAAGCAGGCUGUCAAGGUGGAGAACUCAGGUGGCGGAAGUUGAAUGCAGAAACAAUCCGGUAUGGAAUUUCAUUUAUCUUUUCACAUUCUUAUUAUUCUUUAGAAUUGUGAAACUUUUUGUUCUGAGCUUGUAACUUUCGCGGUCCAUGAAAUUACCAAAAUCCCCCAAUUUUGAUCUUUCUUAAAUAGUAAAUGGCUUAAUGCAAUGGGGGUUUUUGGUAAUUUUUGAAAUGGAAGCGAGCCAGUAGGCCCUUGUGGUGGAUUCAGCCAGCAGCGGAGGUAGGCAGUAGUUUGUGCAAUGUUCGUAUGACUCGGCGGGUUUCUACAUAGUUCAAGCUGAGUUACAACGGAACUCAGUUCAAGCUGUAAAAGAAUGAGGUGGGCCCUUUGUAACCUCUCUUCUUAGUGUGUCAGAGCUGAUUCACUGUUCUUGGAUGCAAGCCUUUUUCCAUUUCUCAUUUCAUUUGCAGAGAUUGGCAUCUAUCUAUUAGUUGUUGCACCCCAUCUUUUCGGAAACCGAAGACAUGUUUAUAUGCACCAUGUAUUCAAAAUCUGAACCAUUCAUCAAACUUAACAUCAUAGAAAGCCCUUUCUGCUGAAA